UUGAUCAUUGUCCAUUGAUGAAUUUUGCCGUUUGAGUGAUGAAAAGCGAUUAUUUUCAUUUUCUUAUAGCAUAUUUGUGUAUUUAUUUCAAGCAACUAUAAUAUAAAAAUGGCUGAAAUACAAACAUUGAUGGAAAUGGGUUUUCCCAAAGAAAGAGCAGAAAAAGCUCUGGCGGUAACAAAUUAUAAGGGUGUCGAGCCGGCCAUGGAAUGGCUCCUGGCUCAUGCGGACGAGAUUGAUGUAGGCCCUGGACAGACAAUAGCCGGUAGCUCUAAUGUUCCAGAAGCUACUCCCGCCGCACCCGCACCCGCUGCACUUGCACCCGCUGCAUCUGCAGCUGCAUCAUCAGCUGAGAGUACAGAGCCUCAGACUGCUGGCGCUGAGGUGGAAGCCAAAUCGUUCAAAUGCGAAGACUGCGGGAAACUGUUCAAAAAUCAGGACGAAAUGGAAUAUCACGCAGCUAAAACUAAUCAUAGUAAUUUCUCUGAAUCCACCGAGGAGAAGAAACCAUUGACUGAAGAGGAAAAGAAAGCUCAAUUAGCGUUACUCGAAGAGAGGAUGAAGCAAAAGAGGAAAGAGAGAGAGGAGAAAGAAAAGGCUGAAGCUUUAGAGCGAGAAAGACUGAGGAUUAAGUCUGGCAAAGACUUGCAAGAAGCCAAACAGAGGCUUCAAGAACAGGAAAUGCAGAAACUUGUGGAACAGAGGCGAAGGGAGAAAUUGGAAGAUCAAAGGGCACGGGAAAGAGUCAGGGCACAAAUAGAAGCUGAUAAACAGGCUAGAAAGCUAGCCGCUUCAGGCCAGCCAGCUCCAGUCGCUGCACCAGUGCCUCCUCCAGUCAAUCCUAAUCCAGCUCCGAAGGUGUCGUACGAGCAAGCUAGGAUACAGCUGCGUCUGCCAGACGGACAGUCGCUCACACAGACGUUUGGUUCUAAGGAACAAUUGGCUGCUGUUAGGUUGUUUUUACAAGUAAAUAAGCCUGAAUAUGCUCAACAAGAUAAUUUCAAAUUCAUGACCACAUUCCCAAAGAAAAUAUUCACUUCUGAGGAUUAUGAGAAGCCACUAGAACUUUUAGGUUUGGUGCCAUCCGCCGUAAUAAUUGUAUCCAGAGGUCAAAAUAUGUAAUUAAAUAAUUACUGCAAAAAUAUUAAAAUGUUUUCAGUGGUCCUGAUAAUUUAUUUGUACAAAUGAACUUUAUAUUGUGUUGAUGUUGUCCGUUUAAACUAUGUUAUUUAAUCACUUCCAUAGGUAACAGAAAUUUUGUGGAAUUAAUGAAUGGUGGUACAAUAAAGGUCUCAAAGUGA